ACACACACACGCGCAUGCACAACCACACACUAGCUGACUUUACAGCGGAAGUCUUAGUCUCAGUUGUCUUCCCUCCCAUCAGAGGACAACUGCACCUUUCAGAAGCGUGAAGACACACACACACACACAGAUGUCUGUUAAAGCGGACCACAGCGAAGAUGAGGAGGGGAAUCAUGGGCCGGAGGUCACGGUCUUGGAGACUAACCGCUUUGGCUUCAUUCUAGGAAAUGGAGAAACUGACAGUGACGGUCCAUGUCCAGAGUUGGUGAGACAUCGAGAGUCCAAAUGGCUCAGUCUCAUGACUCAAUGGGAGCAAGUCAUGGAGAAAAAGAGCAACAAGGUCAAAGGUCAAUGUCAGAAGGGCAUCCCAGCAUCCGUCAGGGCAAAGGGCUGGCCACUUCUCUGCGGUGCUAAGGAUAGAAAAGACAAAAACCAUGAACUCUACCAACGUCUAGUCGAAGCUCCAGAUCAUCAGGGAUGGACAGAUGUCAUCAAAAGAGACACAGACAGACAAUUUCCCUUCCAUGAGAUGUUCCAGUCCAAAGACGGCCAUGGUCAGAAGGACUUGCUGGAGGUCCUGAAAGCGUACACUCAGUACCGUCCCGACGAGGGCUACUGUCAGGCACAGGGUCCGGUGGCCGCGGUCCUUCUGAUGAACAUGCCUGCUGAGGAGGCGUUCUGGUGUCUGGUGCAGAUUAGUGAGCUCUACCUCCCUGGAUACUACAGCCCUCUGCUGGAAGGUGUUUUAUUCGACGCUGCUGUUCUCUCAAGUGUGUUAAAAAAGCUGUGUCCAGCGGCACACAAACACCUGCAGAAUCAGGGGGUGGAGCCUCUCAUGUUUGCCACUGAUUGGCUGAUGUGUCUGUACAGCCGUCACCUGCCUUUCAACACUUUGCUCAGAGUCUGGGAUCUCUUUUUCUGUUAUGGUGUGCGGGUUUUGUUUCAGGUUGCAGUCGUGCUGGUGCGGCGAUGUCUGGGAGAGGGGAGACAGCGAAAAGAGUGUGAAGGACAGAUGGAAACUCUAGAGCGACUGCGAGGUGUUAAAGAGCGUGUCCAAAAUGAGCAGACUGACGCCUUUAUCCAUGAGGUAUGUUCAGUGUCCCUGUCCCUGUCGGACCUGCAAAAACAAACUGACAAAGAGCUGGAGAAAUGGAAGAAAGACAGACCGAACUCGACCUUUGACCCACGAGGGCGCUGUUACGGAUACCGGAUGGCAUGGGAAAGAGUCCAGGAUAAACAAAAGGAACACGAAAAGAAGGAGCGACAGAAGGGGAGCCUGAUCAUUCCUCUAAUGCGCUCACAUUCUUCUCUUUCUCCUUCGGUUCUGCGCAAGAAAUGGAGGAAGAGGAGCAGUAAGACUGACACAGAGGAGUGGGAUGGAGGGGGAAGAAAAUUCUCACGUAGUCUGGUGGAGGAGAGCGAUGAAGAGGAGAUGAGGAGGAAGAGUGUGUGUGGUGUCGUUGGGGAGCAAAGGGACAAACGGGACAGGCUAGCAGAUGAACUCUGCACACACAAACACAAAGACCGCAACACACAUCCAAACAUCUCAGUGGUGGUGUCCUCCAGUAUUGACUCUGAUGUUUUUGAGAAAGAGCAUGAAGAAGCAUCUUUAAACCAACAGAAAGAUAAUUCAGCAACAACACAAGGAGACGAGAAAGAACGGUGUGUGGUUGAGGAGACACACCAUCAUGAACAGAUCACAAACCAAGAUGAACUGAGUAAACAAACGCAAGGACAUCAGGAUGAACAGAAUAUAGAAAAAGACAGAGGUCAAGAUGAACAGACUGUGGAAGAGAAGACUUUAGAGCCAGAAGAAAGUUCACCUGUUGAAACAUCACAGGAAGAAGAUAUACAGACUGUGUUCAGUAAACAGGAAGAGGAAACACAGCCAGAUAGCAACAUCCAGGAAGUAGAAAUACAAACAGAACACUGUGAACGACAAGAAGAAACAGAAAAUAGGUUGCCAAUUGUCAUAAAACCUGAAGACAACUUGCAAAAUGAGGAAAGUAUCCCAGAGAAAGAGGUGCAGAUACAUGUUGUACAGGACAAAACAUCUAGCGAUCAACAAGAAAAUUCAGAAAGGCAGAAAGAAAAGGAUUUGUACAUGCACACACCUACAGAGGAAGAGGAAGAGCCUGGUGAAAAACAUGAAGGUUUUCAGCAAUUAGAGUUUAAUGUUCUCCCUGAGGAGGAGAUAAAGGAAGCCAAAGAGAUAACAGAGCCUUCAAAGAUGUGUGAGGAGAAAGAUGACAAGAGAUUGGGGGAAGAAAGACAAGAUUUAAGCUUAGAAGAGAGAGACAAUAACCCAUUGCAAACAUCUGAAGCAUCCUUCUUACAAACUGAAGAAGAGCAUCCGGAGAGAUCAGCAGAUCCCGUACAGCAAUCCCAAUCAAGCGAGCCGGAGCACAAUGACAUGGAUGCUACCGUUACAUCUGAAGAGUUAGUGCACUGUCCAAUGGAUUCCACUGUGAGGGAUACAGAAGGAUCUGGCAACCCAGAGCAGAUUGAAUCGGAUCCUGCUGAUGACACAAACACCCUUGAACCAAAUGCAACAGUAGCAUCUAGACACUCUGAACACAGUGACAAUGAUGCUGCCGCUGUUGCCACAUCUAGUAACAGUGAAAUCGAUCCCGAAAAUAGUGAAGAAAUUAAAUCACCAGGAUCUGAAAAUACAAUAUGUUGUGAAGUCAAUACAACUGAAGAAUCGAGCAACCCCACACACAAUCCAGAGGAUGAUACUAUCCUCUCAGAAAGAAGCAAUGGAAUGCACGUUUCUCCAGAAUCUGGCAACCCUGAAAGCAACACGAUAAAUUUUACCUCUGAAUGUGGCAAAGAAAGCAAUGGUGUGGAAAUUAUUGUUGAAUCUGGCAAUCCGGAGAGCAAUCUCGUGGAUUCUGCUAUUAGCAACCUUGAAAGCAACGUGACAGAUGUUAUUAUUGAAUCUGAAAAGACAGAAUGCAAUGAGGUGGAAAUUGCUGUUGAAUCUGGCAACCCAGAGAGCAACACAGUAGAUUCGGCUGUUGGCAAACCAGAAUGCAGUGACGUGCAUGUUACAAGUGGAUCUGGCAACCCUGAUAAUAAUAUAAUAGAAUCAGAUGCUGGAUCUGGCAACCCAAAUAGUAAUAUAAUAGAAUAUGAUGUUGGAUCUGGCAACCAAGAAUGCAGCGAUGUGCAUGUUACAACUGGAUCUGGCAACCCAGAUGGUAAUAUCCCAGAAUGCAGUGAUGUGCAUGUUAUAACUGGAUCUGUCAACCCAGAUAGUAAUAUAAUAGAAUCAGAUGUUGGAUCUGGCAACCCAGAUGGUAAUAUAAUGGAAUCAGAUGUUGGAUCUGGCAACCCAGAAUGCAGUGAUGUGCAUGUUGCAACUGGAUCUGGCAACCCAGAUGGUAAUAUAAUAGAAUCAGAUGUUGGAUCUGGCAACCCAGAAUGCAGUGAUGUGCAUGUUACAACUAGAUCUGGCAACCCAGAAAGUGAUAAAGAUGAUUCAGCUGUUGUAUCAGGCAACCCGGGUUACAAAGAGGCAACUGAAUCUGACAACCCAGAGACCAACAGAGAUCACGUGACUGCUGUAUCUGGCAACCCUGAGUGUAAUACAGAGGAUUGUACUGCUGGAUCUGGCAAUCCUACUGACAGUGAAUGUGCAAUACCAGGAAACAGCCAGGGUUUAGAGUCUCCCUUUUUAAUUCAAUCUUCAAAAUCCCCAAACCCAAACGUCCCGCCAGCUCAUCUCUGUGUGCGAAGGACUUCCAGCUCACGGGUUUCCUAUCCCACAAUCCUCUCUGAGGACACCUUCAGAGAGCCACAGCAGCAAGAACACACGCCUUCAGAAAAUACGACACACACACUUACACAAGACACACACGCUCAGCCUAGCUCACCGACAAAGUCAGACAAUCCAAAACGUCUGGGUCUGUUCCGUCGCCUCCGUGGGGAGACCAGCAAAACCACCAUCCCCAAAAUCCUCAUCCAGGACUUUAGCGAGAAAGAGGAGAAACUGACGGCGAAAGAGAGGAGGAGGCGGAAGAGAGAGAAAGAGCGCAAAGAAAGGGAAGAGAAAGACAGAAAGAAACGAGAGAAAGAGCUGGAAAAGGACAAAGGAAAAGAGAGGAAAAAGCCUCAGACACGAGGGAAGAGUUUCCAGGUGCUCAGCAGGAAGUGUGCCAAUGACGUCGUGUCCACGGGGAACAGUGACUCUCAGACAUCUCGCUCCAGGAGGAACUCGGACCCUUUUUCUGACAAUUACUUCUAAAUAAUCAGAGACUUGACCACAUAUUCGCAUUUCACAGUGCGAGUGAGAUGUUUUAAUGUGAGCCGUUCAAUGAUUUGAUGUGGCUUGUUUUAUUCACUGCUUCAUCUCUUGGUUUAAACUCAUUAUUAUUUUGAUAGAAAAUAAAAUCAGGAGAAGUGUGUGUGUGU